AUGACGUUAGUGUUUUCUUUCCAAAGCAUCCAAAUUUCUGUUUAUAAAAGACAGCAAUAAAAGGUAUUUGAAGAUGAUCGAAUAUCUUAGGAAAGUAGAUGAAAAAUAAAAUAAGAGAAACUGGAUAAAUAGUACAAUGAAAUUACAGUGUAGAAGUACCAUACGAAGUGUCAUAUAUGAAAGAAUCAACAGUAUUGUUUUAUUGUCAAUUGACCAUUUGAAUUUUAUUUACUUGAUUACUGCUUACAUUGUUAUAUUUUUGAAAUUAUUUUUAUCAAUUGUUUUAUCUACAAAGAUUUGUAAGUAUUCAUUAUCAUAUUUGCUUAAUUUAAUAUUUGUCUAAAUACUAAAAAAUUUUAACUUUUUUUGUCUUUUAUUCUUUAUAAAUUUAUGGAUAUAGAUUUUAUGGUAAUAUAGAAUUUAUAAUAUCUGAGGAAUAUUUUAUGGUUUCAGUAUUUAAUAUGUUUAAACAUUUUGUGUGAUGAAUGUUAACACAUAUUUCAUUGUUUAUUUCCAGGAUAUUUUAUCGAAGCAAAUUUGAAAAAAAUUAUGUCUUUAUUAACUGAUGCAUCUCCAAACAAUCUAAAUUAUAAUUAUGAUAAUAUAUUAAACAAAGACAUUUUAUGGAGGAUAGAAAAUGACCUUGACAUUGAUGAAAAAAUGUCUGUCUUAUUUUUGAUGAUAGAUGAUUAUGAGCAUAGCUUUCAAGAAAUUUAUGAUUUGUUACAAAAAUUUAAAGAAGACCAAGCUUUUAUACUCACAGAAUUUGUAAAUAUACAUCCUAAUAAUUGGGAAAAUAAAUUAUUAGAAGCUAUAUGUGUGAUAAAUAAUCGACAAAUUAUACGGAAAUUAGGAAUAUCAUUCGAAAGUUUCAGUUUAUUUUAUAUGCCAAAGAUCAGAUCAUAUUCCAGAUACAUAAACUUAGUUGCAAAAUGUUUAUAUUUAUUAUGUGAAGCUCUUUGUGAAGAUAAAACUAAGUUGUUAUUGCAAUAUAUUCAAACUGAUUUAACUCCAUAUGAGGAAAAUUUAAAAAAUAUAGAUUUUCUUGAAACUUUUGAAGAUUUGGAGCUCAUUUGUGAAGAUUUAAAGAAACAUGAAAAUCAUCAAAAUGUGUUGGAUACACAACAUUCUAUUAAUACAUCUCAUGUACGAAUGUCUUUCAUGGAAGAAUCACCAAUACUGUCAGAAGUGGAAGAAAAUGAUAUAAGAAAACUAAACAGUGGUCUUUGUAUUAUUAUAAGUCAAAUGUUUUUUGAAGAUCGAAAGUUUGAAACUAGAUUUGGAAAUGCAAAAGAUUGUGAGACAUUAUCUGAAACAUUCAGAAGAUUUGGUUUUACAGUUACACAGUUUAAUAACUUAACUGAAGAUAAAAUACUUACAAAAUUAGAAAAUAUUCCAAAAGAUUUUGGUACUAAUUAUGAUUGCAUUUUUGUAUGCAUUUUAAGCCAUGGUUGUAAAGGUGGUAUUAUUAGUGCAGAAGGAAAAGAAGUUAGUAUUGAAGCAAUUGAACAUAAAUUUUGUUGUGCCGAAUUAGAAGAUGUUAUUAAAGUAAUUAUUAUACAAGCUUGUCAGGGAAAUGUGAAAGGACAAGUAAAUGUCGACGAAACAACUAAUUUGACUACAGAUGGUCGUACAGAUUGUAAAAGUUUGAAUAUUUUACCAUACAAAAAUUUCUGUAUAUUUAUGUCAACUAUGCAGGGUUUUAUAUCUGUACGUCAUAAAGAAGAAGGAUCUUGGUUUAUCCAAGAAUUUUGUAAUAUUUUACAAAAUGGAAAAAAUAAAAUUACAUUCUUGGAAGCUAUUAGGAAAACAAUUUUUUCCGUAAUGAAAAAGAAAGGAAAGUUAAAUGAAACAAGUUUCAUUGCUCAGUUACCCGAAUUAAAAACAUGCAGAUUGCUUACGGAUUUUCAAUUACCAGACUAUCAAGAACACAUAUAAAAAGAGAAGGACAAUGUUAUUAACUAUUUUAUUAUGUUUUAUAAAGAAGACAAAAUAUAAUGUUUAUAUGUUGUUUAUAUAUUGUAUAAUUUAUGCAAUAAAAAUUAUUGACAGUUAAUUUCUCUUGUUUCUUGUGUUUCUGUUUACACAUGCAUCAAUUAGAACACGAAUAACAAAGAAAUAAAUAAUUUCGACAAUAGACAUAAAACUAAAUCCAGCGAAAACUCCUAAAAGACCGCC